AUGACGAAAGUCGACAAAUCCGUAGCUACCGAACAGGCAGUCUACAUUCCGCAUCAUGCGGUUAUUCGAGAGCAUAGCAGCACCACGCGGCUGCGCGUCGUGUUCAAUGCUUCUCAGUCGACGUCAAAUGGAUCUUCGCUUAACGAUCAUCUCAUGAUCGGCCCCAAAUUACAAACCGACCUUCGCUCAGUAAUUCUUCGAUGGCGACAGCAUCGUUAUGUCUAUACUGCCGACAUAGCCAAAAUGUAUCGGCAGAUUCAAGUUGAUCCGCGCGAUCAAGAUUAUCAGCGCAUUCUCUGGCGAUCUUCCUUAUCCGAUCCGGUACAAGACUAUCGCUUGCGCACCGUUACCUACGGUACUGCUUGUGCGCCGUAUCUCGCUCUUCGCACAAUUCAACAAUUGAUGUAUGACGAAGGCGCUCAAUUUCUUCUCGCUCAGUCCGUUUUGCGCCAUCAAAUUUAUGUUGAUGAUUGCAUUUUCGGCGCGGAUGAUAAGCCUCUGGCGAUACAAGUCCGCAAUCAACUAAUUUUAUUGUUAGAAAAGGGUGGAUUCCACCUCCGCAAGUGGGCGAGCAAUUGCUCUUCGUUGCUCAACGACUUGCCGUUGACUCAACAGAGUCAAAAUCAAGGCAAGACUCUCCAAGACGAGGAAAGUUUUAAGGUUCUCGGAAUCAAGUGGUUGCCCGCUACCGAUUCGUUUUCUUUCUGCGUCAAGCUGGCGUUACCUGCUCCCGAAACAAAACGCACAAUUUUGUCAACGAUCGCAAAAUUAUUUGACCCGCUCGGGUGGCUUACUCCCGUCAUAGUGGUCGCCAAAAUCCUAAUGCAACAAUUAUGGGCAACGAAAUGUCAGUGGGAUGAUACAAUUCCAUCGCAGCUUAUGCAAAAAUGGCAACAUUAUUAUGCGCAGCUCCCUCAACUGCAGAACAUUUCUUUGCCGCGAUGGACUGAAUUAGGCUCAGAUGCUAGUCACUAUGAGCUUCACGGACGCGUCGUCAGUCGCAUACGCUGCCGCCGUAUAUCUGAAAGUAAUCUCCUUUUCAGGCUCCGUAACCGUUUCACUCCUCAUCGCGAAGUCAAAGGCCGCUCCUCUCAAGCCGUUAACAAUUCCACGACUUGA